GUGCGAAGAAAAACAAAAUGCCAAUUAAAUUGUCAGAGUUAAUAAUAAGUUUUAAUAAUUGAACUACCUUCAAAGAAUAAAAACUAGUAAGUUACGACAAUUUAAUUAAGAAAAUUUUGAUACAAACUUUGCUGCAGUUUUGUAAUCAUGAGUUUCGUGAACCUAGCUACGUUGGCAAUGCAUCGCCGUAGUGAAAUGGAGGAGCGACUUAAAGUUUUUAAUGAAAAAUGUGAUCAAGUCAUCCACAACAUAUCGAAGUUAAAAAUGCAGGCAUCAGGUUUUGCGGAGCAAUUAAAUUGUGAGCCGUCAGCUUUGAGAGAAAGGUUUCUGAGUUGUAUGAAGCAGUUAGAUGAAUAUACAUAUCUUAUAACUGAUAUUAAUCUAUCUGUUGUAAAUUGUGUUUCAGGUGAUGUAACAAUCAGUUCUGACAUGACACCAGUCCAUGACUCUGCCAGGAAAUCUGAACCAGUACAGCCGACUAUGAAUUUAAUGGAUGCAUUAAGUGAACCAAUUCCGUCCACAUCCAGACAGUGUAUGAACCCCAAUCCUGUCAAUAAACCAUUGAAAAAGAGAAUCCCGAAGGACUCUUUGAUAGUUUUCUCUAGUACUUCAUGUUCUUCGGAGAGUGUUCAAAAUCGCAGUGAAAGAGAGGAGGAGGAGCUUUCUAACAAUUUAUCAAAAAUUCAAAUAGAAGAAACCCUCAUAGCUCAAAUCAGAAACUGCAAACUACCCGCACAGGAACUUAUAGAAGUAGAUAAGCGUUAUCAAGCAGUAAUAAUGCACGCUGAUGGCGGCAUAUUUUGGAUUAUAAUUGAUACUAUAGAUGAUGUAUACAACUUAAUGAAGGAUUUGGAUGAGUAUUAUACGAAGAACCAAACCCGGUUGACACCGGAUCAGAGGAAAUUACUAACGUAUUGCGCUUACUAUGAUCAUGAAACAAAGUACCACUAUCGAGCUCUUCUUAUCAACAUCUGCAAGAACGAAGAAAUCGCCAACUUGUAUCUUUUAGACACGGGGGAGUACAGGUCCGGACUGGCGCAUACACUGCAGCCACUCGCACCACAGUUCUCCGAGCAUCCGCCGUUCGCUCGAAGCUGCCACCUGGCGGGGAUUGAAAUUUCUAUGUCCAAUGAAAGCGAAAAUGUAGCGAAAAUUGACUCUUACGUGUUAGAACAACGUGGGAAAGCCUGCACCAUCAUUGUUGAUGAUAACACAUCCGAAUCGCUCGGCGUGUUUGUGUUCCUUGAAUCGAAGUAUAGCCUGAACAACAUGGUCGUGGAAGCUGGAUGGGCUCGCAAAAUUGACAAGAAUGACUCAAAAUUCAACAAAAGUGGCAGUUCGGCGGAAUCUGAUUUUACGGAGUCUGCCUUUGAUAUCACGCACUGUCCGGAAUUCGAGGACCCCGUUGUGGCUGUUACGGGUUACCACAACCGAGACGAAGCCGAUAUCUGUAAACACUACAAGGGUGGACCUGAGAAAACUUGUUUUAAGGGACUUAGGUGUACAAAGAAGCACAUUGUGAAAAACCCAGAUGGAUGGACCUUGGACCGGGUGGCAGUGGCAGGCAAGUGCCCUACGCUGCCGUUACCUGAGCCCGGCACGUGGAUCCGCGUGACGGUCACGCACGUGGCACAUUUCAACCGCUUUUACGUGCAAAUACUCAACGAGAACGAAUUAGAUGAAACUCCACGUGCUUUUGGUAAAGUGGUACCGCCGACAACGCUCACCGCUCUUGUGCGAGAAAUGAACAGCGACGCACUUCUGACGACCAACAAAGAUAAGAAUUUCGAGAUAGCACCAGCGAUCGGCGAGUUGGUUGCGGCGGUGUUCCCCACGGACGGCCAGUGGUAUCGGGGCAGGGUUUUGAGCACCGAAAGAAAAGAUCAUUGUAUUGAGGUGAUGUACAUUGACUACGGCAACACCGCGUGGCUGCUUGAGAGCCAGGUGCGGAUACUUCCGCCCCGGUACGUGGCACUACCCGAGCAGGCCGUUGGCUGCGUGCUAGCAGGCGUGGCUUGCUCCUCCCUCGAUGCCGACCACCUGGCGGCAGCGAGACUCGUGGUCACGCAGCUUAUCAGCAAUCUGUCGUUCAACGCUCAGGUUAUAUCGCGCAGCUACAAAGAAUUAACAUUAGAAUUGAUUGACGGCGUCGGUCGCAACGUCGCCGAAGAACUCGCCAAGUCGAGAGUGGUCGAGCUGGUAAGCUUUAGUGUUGAACAUGACACCGAUGUGAAACAAAAACUGGUUGUCCCAUAGACAGCAAAUAAGGCCGGGAACACAUACCUAUACAUCGGGGUCGCGACAAUUGCGACAUUAAAUAAACACACGGGUAGAACUACUUAACCGUAACCAUAAAAAAAGUAUAUUCAUAACUUAAAUACAUCAUUCUCCUAAAUACAUCAAUCUAAUGUAUAAAAUUCUCGUGUCGCGGUGUUUGUAGUUAAACUCCUUCGAAACGGCUUGACCGAUUCUCAUGAAAUUUUGAGUGCAUAUUGGGUAGGUCUGAGAAUCGGACAUCUAUUUUUCAUCCCCCUAAAUGUCCACGCCAAUUUUUUUUUUUAAUUUGUUUGACAUUUUUUUUAAAUUAUGAGUCAGCAUUAAAAAAUACAUACAACUUCAAAUUUUCACGCAUCUACGAUCAACAGUUACUUUUGUAUCGCGAUUUUAAUAUCGGCAAUACAACGUUCGCUGGGUCAGCUAGUCUAAUAUAUAAAGUUCUCGUGUCCCGGUGUUUGUUACCAAACUCCUCCGAAACGGCUGAACCGAUUUUUGUAUGAAAUUUUGUGUGCAUAUCGGGUAGGUCUGAGAAUCGGCCAACAUUUUUUUUUAUACCCCCAAUUGAUAAGGGUGAUCCCUAAAUAUUUUAUAUUUAUUUUUUGACAAUUUUUUAUUUUAUUAUGAUUCGGUAUUGAAAAAUACAUACAACUUCAAAUGUUCGCCCCUCUACGAUCUACAACUAGUUUUGUGUAGCGAUUUUUAUAUUAUUCUGUUGCAAGAUUGCAAUCAAAUACAAUAAAUAUUGUAGUAAGAUAUAUUUGGUAGGCCUGAGAAUCGGUUGCAUCUAAUUUUUAUACCCCAAAAAUUUUAAUCAUUGAAUUUUUAUUAAUUACUUUAUAUGGCAAUACAACUUUGGCUUUUUCAACCUGUAAGAAAUAUAGUAGCCGCGAGCUAGCGUAGGCGCUAACACCUACAUCGUGGCAUCUUAAGCGACCACUUAAGGGUGAUUAAAAUUUUGUUUCCUAAAUAUAAUAAUAAUAUAUUAAUAUUGACACACUUUUUACACAAAUUAUCUUUCCCCAAGUUAAGCAUAUAUAGCCUGUGUUAUGGGUUACAAGACAAUGAUAUAUUUAAUACAAUAUUAAGUAUAUUAAACUUAAACAUACAUAAAUACAUUUAAACAUCCAUGACUCGGAAACAAAGAUCUAUAUUCAUCAUAUAAAUGCUUGCACCUACCGGGAUUCGAACCCGGGACCUCUAGCUUUGUAGGUAGGAUCGCUACUCGGCUAUACAAGUCGUAAAUAUAAUUUGUAUGUUUGAAAAUUUCAAUUAUUUACUUAAAAGUUUAGAAUUAUUUUUUAACGAUUAAGGUUAGAUAGCUCUUCUGGUGUGUUCAUUUAAAGUCGCCAUUAAUAACGCCAAGAUGUAUAAUGAACGACGCAUACGAAAGUCCAUUUGUUCGCCGUCGAUCGAUGUAUGUGGGUAGAGCCUAAGGCAACGUUUAUCCGUUAUAUUAUGUUCCAUAGAUUAUAACUUAAAUACCUAAUGGUUUUUUUAUGACUAGUAUUACAGUAUUAAUAAGUUUAAA